UUUCUUUUGUGCCUCAAUGUCUAUGUUGUGUUUGUUUUUCUAAAGUAGCAGGCUGAAUUCAGAUCCCAAGCACGCAGAUGAUGGAUAGUGAGUGAAUGAGGUUUUCUCUUUGGAUUCUGCAGUCUGGAGACAUUUACAGCGUUGGAUUCAUUUCUUCUCUAAACCAGACCUGUAAAAGAAAGAGGGGACAAAACGUGUCCACAGCAGCUGAUUCACCCCAACUCUAAACCAGGACAAAUACCAUAAGACUCCUUCUAGACACAAUGGCAGGGACAACAACUUCUCUAUGCCUGUUUCUGCUACUCAACCAGCUCCAGUUCUGCCCUACUGAUGCAGACCAAGUCCUUACAACCAUGCAGAUGACCACAUAUGAAAUAGAUCUCGGUGGUAGUUCACCCUCUACCAUGGAGUCCAGUCACACUUCUACUGAGCACAUAGACUUUCCCGAUACAGACACCAAUGGCACUCGUGCCGACUGCCUGAUUGACACUGAGAUGGGUCUGAUUGCAAUAGGUUCAGCUGGAGGGCUGAUUGUCUGCCUCCUUGUUGCAGUCAUGGUACUGGCAUGCCAGGUCUGUCACCUUCAGAAUCGAGUUUAUGCGCCCCGAAUCUCCCGGUCCAACAUGAACUUGGUGAGCAGUGCGAGCUACUGGGACACAGACCAGCCAGAUGCCGGAGGGGUAGUUGGGCCAUGUGACACCAGCGUCAUUCUUGAGGAGGUGACCUCAGAUAACAAGACGGAGCAGGAGAGACAAGCUAAAACAGAAGAGGUUAAGGAGGAGGCUAGGACAGGGUUCGAAGAAGGGGCCACAGCAAUGGAUUUCCACCCAGAAGAGAAGGCCAGUCAGAUGCCGAGCUCCAGGGACUACUGUCUUGAAGUUUCCAGGGAUCUGGAGGACAUGCCUCUUGUUGUGUGAUAAAGUCACUUCAGAAACACACCUGCCCCUCAGUUCAGCUCAUACACUAAGUUUAAAUUGGCAUAUUCUGUUCAUUCAAAUUACAUUCACAAUUUAUUUCAAACAUACAAACUUCUUCUAAAACAAAAAUAUAAUGUUUCACAUUUGGAAGACCAAUGCUACAAUAGCUGUGGUACAGUACCAAAACUAUAGAUAUAUUUUUGGACACCAUACUUCGAGAAUAGGAAGAAAACAUUUCAACAAAACCUACUGCUUUUAAUUAAGGAACUAUGAGACAGUAUUAUAAGACAAUUGGGGUUUAUAUGUCCCAGCAAUGUGUAUAUAUACAGUAUUCUGUGUAUGGUUCUAACAGUGUUGAAAAAUGUGUUACUUUACAGCAUAAUUGUAGUUUGCAUCAAAUGUAUCAAACUAUUUCUCUUGGCCAACCUCAACCAUAAUGAAAGUGUACAUUACUCAUGUCAGUUAAUUUAACAUAUCUUUUUUUUUUUUAAUCUAAAAAUUACAAGCUACAUAUUUACCCACUUGAUGAACGCUGAAUAAUUUCUGUGAGACUGCUUUAGGCUCAAUUUUUGUGUUUAACAGAACUAUUAAUUGGACCCAAGGAUUUAUGUAACUCCUGCAACUUAAUGUGCUUCUACAGCCACGUGUUAUGGUAGAAAGAGUCUGGUGCAAUGUCUGUUAACAGUCCUUUCAUUACCAAGUCUCCGCUGAUCCUGGCUUUGUAAUUCUACAGUUCAUGACUGUACACAAAAAAAGUCUUACAAGUCUUUUUAAA